GUCUAGCUCAUUCGAAGCUGGACCAUUGGAAGUGCUAAAAAAUGAUAUCGAAAUCUGAGCAAUUAUUGCUCAUCGUUGGGCUCGCCUGUUUGAGCGUGGCCCGAGCGGACGUCGACUGCAGCAAGAGGCCGAAGUUCGUGAAUCCCAUGAGCUGUUGUCCGCUGCCGGACUUUGCCACACCCGAGGUGAAGCAGAAGUGUCAGGAAUAUAUUGUACCUCCAACUGAGUCGGGUGACGAGCAGAGACGUUCACAUCGUCACCAUAAUUUCCUGCCACCAUGCUACAUCUCUUGCAUCUUUAACGAGACAGACAUCUAUAAGGACAACGAAGUGGACGUCGAUGCACUCAACACCUAUUUGAAUGACAUCUUCAAGGACAACGCUGAGCUGCAGAGCAUUGCGAGUGAAGCUGCCACCAAAUGCAGCUCUAAAAUGAACGAGUUCAAGGACAAAAUGGGCAAUCGGCCACGCCCAUCGCCACCACCUGGCGCGCUCAAGUGCCCCCAUAAACCUGGCUUCCUGGUUGGCUGCAUCUUCCGCAAAAUCAUGCACAAUUGUCCCGCUUCCAUUUGGAACGAUAACCAGGAAUGCAACGACGCUCGUGAAUUCUUCAAGACCUGCAAGCCUCCCAAGGGCGAGCGACCAGGUGGGGAUAACUAAUUGCAGCAACUCCAAAGCACUUACCUAAGGAACAAAAAAAAAAAACAAAAUUCAAAAUAUCCUAAUAAAAUGUGUAUGUAAAAAAAAGGUUCAAUCUGACCUCGCUUAUACCCAAAUAAAAUGUGAAGAAAUUCAUAAAAAAAAG